GGGAGGCGCGUAGCCCCCACGGGGCCCGACCCCGGCACCUCUGCUCCCAGUACCUCUGCUCCCAGUCUUCUCAGUGCCCUCUGCGCCCCGCCCCUGGGCUGCGUCCACGCGUUUGUAUGCAUAGAGGCGCGGCCAGCCCGAGAGCACGUCUCGCCGCCCCGCCCCGUCCCGAGCGGCCCCUCUGCACCACGACAGGCACUUCUCGGGCGUGGCCAGCGUGUGUGCGCGUCGGCGUUACUGUUGUCGCUUGUGGGGCCUCCCAGACCAGGCCCAGGGCAGACAGGGAGCUUAGGCGGUGAGGGUGGGUGUGUCCGAGCGGCCCCCGCCAGGCCCCGUCGCCAGCCCGCCGCCUGUCAUUCUCUGAGACAGACUUGAAACGAGGCCGGAGCUAACUCACGCGGCGGGGGGGGCGGGUCGCUCCCCGACGGCCAGCGGCGGUGACGGAGCCCAGGAGGAGGGCGGCUCACGGUGCGAGAGCGGAACAUUCUCCCAGGAAGUCCAGAGUGUUCUAGCAAGCGCACCAGGGCGAGAGAGCGACCGGCCACCACCUCCCUGCGGCCAGUCGAAGCUGGCAAGGUGAGGGAGGCGGCAGAGUUGGGCUCUCGUGGUUUCGGGAAAGGUGCCAGGCGGGCAGGGAGCGCGGCACCAGACAGCAGACUCCCUCGCGGCCAGGACGGUGCCCUGUUAGCAGGCGCGGGCAGGACACGGAGGCCGGUGCCGGGCUUCAGAGAGCGAGCUGACUCUCGGCAGUGCAGCUGCGGCUAGCCGGAGCUCUGGCUCACCGGCCACUCCGAGGACUCCGGCCCUUCGGGCGUGGAAGCUGGGCUGCGCCCGGCCCCUCCCAGAGCUGCCCCCAGGUCCCUCAUCUCUGCUCCUGCGACAGGUGCCCACCACGUGCCCCGUGUUGCCCCAGACACGUGCGCCAGCGUCCGGUCUGCCAGGCGCUGUUCCGGGCACUUGCCCACGGCCCGUGGUGUGGAUGCCAUUAUGUCCCCAACUUGUGAGGAAACUGAGGCCCCAGAAUGCGGGCACCUGCACCCUCCCAGCCCCCCUAAACGGAGGCUGUGGGUCUCUGGCCCAGCAGAGGAGAGGGUUGGCACCAGCAAGCAGAGGGGUGCCCUAAUUGUUGCUUUGCCACCUUCCCGAGCCUCAGUUUCCCCAUCUAUACAGCGGCAGUACAAGUGGCUGACUCCAGGGUGGCUGUGGGUGCACACAAGUCCCGGGGUACAUACGUAGGCAUUUGACAGGCAGGGACCACCCUUGCCACCGUGAACAGGGCAAGGGGACGGAGGCCAGGGCCCCAGCAGUCGUGACUGCUGGACUGCGGGGGCGCCACUGCCCGCGGGUGUGCCUGGGGGCCCCGCGUGGGCAGCGAGCAGUGGGAGGGAGGAGGCCCCAGGGAGCACCCAGCUGACUUUCUCAGGCAGCUGGCGGGCCUGGGUCGGGGGGGCCAGGCACACAGAGCUGCUCCUGCAGGGAGGCGGGCGGGGUUCACAGAGGGAAGGGCUCCCCCGGGCUGAGCCGCACAGCGGGGUUCGAGCCCUUGAGCCCGCAAGGCGGAUGCCCUGGGGCCCAGGGCGAGACUUCCUGGGGGACUGCGUACACCAGCCCUGCCUCGCCCGCCGGCCGCUUUGGCAGCCCUGCUGUGCUCUGGGGCCCGUCGCCCCGGGAGUCUUGGUCUCCCUGCGGGGCCGAGCGAGGUGCUCGGUCUGCUGGAGCUUCGAGGUGGAGACACGUGUCUGCCUGCCAGCCGGGCCCGAGCCGAGCCGAUGCCCCCGACCCGUGCAGCGGCAGCCCCGGCAUCAGCAAGGCCCCGCCAGGUGUCCGCAGAGAGCCGUGGCCCCGCGGGGAGCCCGUGGGGGGAACGGAGCGAGGCGGAGAGACAAGCUGCGCCCUUGCCCUCCCUCCGCCCUCGGGGCCGUGCCGCAGCCCCUGCGGGUGAGGCCGUGGCACCUCCCGUUGGAAGGACCCGCGAUUAACCGGCGCCAGGUCCCAAGAGCGCCCUGUCUUCUGGUUCCUGAGAUACCAACCUUCAGCCCCAAGAAGGAUCGGGAAGCAGUAACGGAAGCUCCAGGGAGGAUGGUGCCGUGAAUACGGGAGAAUUCCUGGCCACGCAGAGGGCUUGGGAGGGGCAGCGCCAAGAACUGGACGAGCAGAGACCAGAUGGACACUUGGCAGGGCCACCGGCCUGGGGUGGAGGGCUGGAGAGAAUUCUCGCCCGCCGGCCCUUCAGGUCCACGAGCUGCUGCCCCAGGAUGAAGAUGAGACGCUACAAGCUCUUUCUCAUGUUCUGUAUGGCCGGCCUGUGCCUCAUCUCCUUCCUGCAUUUCUUUAAGACCUUGUCCUAUGUCACCUUCCCCCGGGAACUGGCCUCCCUCAGCCCGAACCUGGUGUCCAGCUUCUUCUGGAGCAAUGCGCCCGUCACGCCCCAAGCCAGCCAGGAGCCCGGGGGCCCAGACCUGCUGCGCACCCCACUUUAUUCCGACUCGCCCCUGCUGCAGCCGCUGUCACCCAGCAAGGCCACGGAGGAGCUCCACCGGAUGGACUUCGUGCUGCCCGAGGACACCACCGAGUACUUCGUGCGCACCAAAGCCGGGGGCGUCUGCUUCAAACCCGGCACCAAGAUGCUGGAGAAGUCCCCGUCGGGGCGGCCGGAGGAGAAGGCGGAGGGGGGCGAGGGCGCCCCCGCGCGGCAGCCCGGGCGGCGCGCGCUGAGCACCCGGGAGCGCGCGGGCGGCCGCGGCGCGCGCAGGAAGUGGGUGGAGUGCGUGUGCCUGCCCGGCUGGCACGGGCCGAGCUGCGGCGUGCCCACGGUGGUGCAGUACUCCAACCUGCCCACCAAGGAGCGCCUGGUGCCGCGCGAGGUGCCGCGGCGCGUCAUCAACGCCAUCAACAUCAACCACGAGUUCGACCUGCUGGACGUGCGCUUCCACGAGCUGGGCGACGUGGUGGACGCCUUCGUGGUGUGCGAGUCCAACUUCACGGCGUACGGGGAGCCGCGGCCGCUCAAGUUCCGGGAGAUGCUGACCAACGGCACCUUCGAGUACAUCCGCCACAAGGUGCUCUACGUCUUCCUGGACCACUUCCCGCUGGGCGGGCGGCAGGACGGCUGGAUCGCCGACGACUACCUGCGCACCUUCCUGACCCAGGACGGCGUGUCCCGACUGCGCAACCUGCGGCCCGACGACGUCUUCAUCAUCGACGACGCGGACGAGAUCCCCGCGCGCGACGGCGUGCUGUUCCUCAAGCUGUACGACGGCUGGACGGAGCCCUUCGCCUUCCACAUGCGCAAGUCGCUCUACGGCUUCUUCUGGAAGCAGCCGGGCACGCUGGAGGUGGUGUCGGGCUGCACGGUGGACAUGCUGCGGACGGUGUACGGGCUGGACGGCAUCCGCCUGCGCCGCCGCCAGUACUACACCAUGCCCAACUUCCGGCAGUACGAGAACCGCACCGGCCACAUCCUGGUGCAGUGGUCGCUGGGCAGCCCGCUGCACUUCGCCGGCUGGCACUGCUCCUGGUGCUUCACGCCCGAGGGCAUCUACUUCAAGCUGGUGUCGGCCCAGAACGGCGACUUCCCCCGCUGGGGUGACUACGAGGACAAACGGGACCUCAACUACAUCCGGAGUCUGAUCCGCACGGGGGGCUGGUUCGAUGGCACUCAGCAGGAGUACCCGCCCGCGGACCCUACCGAGCACAUGUACGCCCCCAAGUACCUGCUCAAGAACUACGACCAGUUCCGCUACCUGCUGGACAACCCCUACCGGGAGCCCAAGGGCCCCCCCGGGAGGCCCCCCUCCGGGAGCAAACCCGGUGUGGUGGAAGGCUAAGCCGGCACCGCGAGAAGGCCAGUGGCGGGGCAGGUGCCGGCCCACCCGAUGCCUUCCUGCCUCCUCCCGCCCUCUGGGUGGUUCUUAGGCGGGCAGGGAGGGCGGCCGGGAGCCUUCCCUACCUCAGCCCUGUGAAGCAGGCGUCCGCCUGUGAGCUUGAAGAGCGCCCUCCCCUGGACUGGAGAGGGAGGGUGGCCCUGCCCUCGGCCGAAGAUGCCGGGGCUGGGCGCCCACGGAGAGUGCAUGGGGGGGCGGGGGGCGCCCAGGGCAGCGUGUGGGAGAGCCCUGGCUUGUCCCUGCACUCCGGGCCUGCAGUGGGAUGGGGGGUGCGGGGGUCCCCGGGCUCUGUAAAUAGUUGCAUUUGGGAUCAGGAGAAGAGGGGACAUCAGGGUGGGAGGGGUGGACAGCAGCCGGGAGGAUGGUCCACCCCGUGCUCCAUGGCGCUGCCGGCAGGUGGCCCUGUGCUCCCGGGCGUGGUCGGGCCGGGGGGAGCCCCGUGAGCCCCUUUGGCCCCAGACCUGGCCUGCGGAGCCCUGUUACUCUUUACGUUGCCAUCCUGGGGGCCGCCCGCCCAGCCCCUGAGGCCGGAGCUCAGUUCUGGGGCAGUGGGGGCAGGACGCGGCUGCGGGCAGGUCUGGGAGGUUGGACCUUGGGGCCGCGGUAGGGGCAGUGGCAGGAAGUGGGGGCUCCCCCUUCUUGUUGGAGCGCACAGCCCCAGUCACCCUGUGCCCUUCCUCGGGGCUGGCGGGGCCACGGGGGACGUCGGGCCGCGGCCUGUCAUCUCCCUCCUCGCAGUUUGUCUCGUGGGGGUGGGGGUGUCUGCAUUCGCGUAUGUGCUCAGCUGCUGUAAUCGAGACCCCCAAAUACAUUGGUUUACGCAAGACCA